GGCUAUUACCCAGAAUGGGCAGGGAUGGUGUCCCUUGCCUCAGUUUGCCAGAAGCUGAGAAUGGGCGGCAGGGAAUGGAUCACUUGAUGGUUGCCUGUUCUGUUCAUUCCCUCUGGGGCGCCUAGCGUUGGCCACUGUUGGGGGAUGAGAUGCUCGGCUUUAUGGACCUUUGGUCUGACCCAGUUUAGCUGUUCUUAUAUCCUUAUGAAAAGAUCCAGAGGUGAGCAACAAAGAUUAUCAAAGGGAUGGAAUGCAAGUCAUAUGUGCAAAGCCUGAAGGAACUGGCCCCUGGCGGAUAGUAGAUGACUGUGGUGGUGCCUUCACAAUGGGAGCCAUAGGUGGUGGCAUCUUCCAGGCUAUCAAAGGGUUCAGAAAUUCCCCAAUGGGUGUAAACCACCGGCUGCGGGGAAGUUUGACAGCUAUUAAAACCAGAGCACCGCUAUUGGGAGGCAGCUUUGCAGUCUGGGGUGGUCUCUUUUCCAUGAUUGACUGUAGUAUGGUGAAAAUGAGGGGUAAAGAAGAUCCAUGGAACUCAAUCACAAGUGGUGCCUUAACUGGAGCCAUAUUAGCCUCAAGAAAUGGACCAGUUGCCAUGGUUGGGUCAGCUGCUAUGGGAGGAAUACUUCUAGCUUUAAUUGAAGGAGCUGGUAUCCUAUUAACAAGAUUUGCCUCCACACAAUUUCCAAAUGGCCCUCAAUUUUCAGAUGAUCCCUCCCAGUUGCAGCCCUCCCCAUUUGGAGAUUAUAGGCAAUAUCAAUGAUUACAUUGUUCUACUGUUUCAUAUUGUACAUGUGAGCUGUCAUUUAUAAAAUGCUGGAAAACCAAGAUACAGUAUGUUUUAAAACCUUACAUUGGAAAUGUAUGGUAGACCUCUUUGUGUAAACUAUGGCAAGAGGACACUUAGCACUUUUUCAUUGUAAAGAUGCACAAGAGAACUUUUAGAAGAUCAUAAAUAUAUUUAUUCAUCAUAGGAUUCCAUUGUUGUGAAGUUGAUAUGUCUGACAUAACAUGUUAAUGCUUAAGAUGAGGACCAAACAGAAUGCUGUACUACUUUGGAUAGGGAAUGAAAUGAACUUCCUUGGAGACUUCUCUGAAGUGUGGUAUUAACAAGGCUGCGAUUUAGUCCAUGACUUUAGCUAGUGCUGGCCGGGAGCUGCAGGGUCCCCUGCCGCCCGUGGAGGCAGGGAGCUGCAGGAGCCCCAUGCUGCUCCUGGCCACGAGAUCCCCUGCAGCUCCCGGCCGCAGCAGGUGGCACAGGGGACCCCUACCAGUCCCCACUGCUGCAGCGGCAGGGGGAACCCCCAGAGCUUCUGGCCACUCCGGGCGACUGAUGGAAACCCCGGCCACUCGGAGCCACCAGUGGAAGGGGACCCUGGAGCUCCCAGCCAACCUGCAGAUGCCCAGGCUCCCAGGAUUGUCACGGAUAUUUUUAGUGAAAGUCAGGGACAGGUCAUGGGCUUCCGUGAAUUUUUCAUUAUUGCCCAUGACCUAUCUGUGACUUUCACUAAAAAUAUCCCUGAAAAAAUCUUAGCCUUAGGUGUUGACCAUUAUUUAACCAUUAACAAUAGAGCUUAAACUCUCUCUCCACACUCAGUAUCAGAUCCAGGUAACAUUAUUGAGCAUUUCAGUUUAUUUUAAGAAAAUGCAUUCAUCUACAUGAGUUCCAAUCAACACUCCUGAGGUGAAUUUUGGGGAGGAUAUUUUGUGUUGAGCUAAUGAAGAAGGAUACAUUUUUGUAACACUCCUUUGUACUGCAUAAAGUAUUUCUCUCCACACAAAUUAAAUCCCAAUUGUAAGUAAAAUAUCUUGCUUAUAAAAGGUGCCUGUUCCAGAAUUGUCUUUCCUACAGGGCUACUCUCCUUUGAUUCCUGACCUUACUCUUAGUGUUACUGGUGUAAAAAGAAAAGGAGGACUUGUGGCACCUUAAAGGCUAACAAACUUAUUAGAGCAUAAGCUUUUGUGAGCUACAGCUCACUUCAUCGGAUGCUGAAGCUCACAAAAGCUUAUGCUCUAAUAAAUUUUAGUCUCUGAGGUGCCACAAGUCCUCCUUUUCUUUUUACGGACUGGUGUGUAAUGCUCAAAAUACUUCCAAAGGAAAGUUCUGUAUUGAUGAAAGAGUGUCAUUUGCAUUAAUAAAAAGUUACUGAUUUCCUCAGGUGCAUUUGGAAAGAAGAUAUUUUUCUUGUUUUUGAACAUGGGCCGGGAAUUAAUUAAAGCAGAACUUCAGUGAUUUGCAUGCUUUUAAAAUGCACAAAAAUGUUUGCCUUAUUCCACUGCUCAAAGAUGUGAUGGUAGUGUGUUACAGUAUGAGACCUCAAGAACUUCAUUGUUUUUACAAAACUAUUUUACCAUACUAGUAUAUGCAGUAGCAUAAUAAAUAAUAAAAAUGAACUACAUCUGUGUGUUGCGGGGGGAAUGAGAGACUCAGUUUUGAGAUGCAGUAUCCUUGGUUUAAGGAACUGUAGUUACUAAUGUUUGAAAUGUAGUAGCUUGCACACUGGGUCUCUUUCUGUCAUUAGUGGGAAUUAGUGAGGUUCAGCUGUAGCUUAUAGCUCAUUUGAGCAAGAAAAUGUAAAUUCAUAAUGUCCAUAAUGCAUAUUUUAAAUCUUUCUUGCCUGUUUGUGAGCCUAAGCCUUGAAAUGAGUCGAGUCAUUUAAAGGGAUUGGAACAAAUGCUAUACUCAAAUAAGCACAGUGCGUUUAGUCAGCCAUAUCUUCUUUGUGGAUUGGUACUAGUAAGUGAUCAUGCUUGCUUAAAUAGAAAAAAGACUGUCAGAUAAUUACAUUGUAUCUAAAGAUGCUCAUGUACGAAAUGGAAAAAAAAUAGUUUAUAAUAAAUAUUGUUAGUGCAAAUA